GGAGGAGGAGUAGGAGUGCCCCCUCCCCCUAAACCCGGAGAGCGCGUGAGGAUUCCCUCCCCCGCUCCCCGCCCCCCUUUAAAUUCCUCCUCUUCUUUUUUUUUUUUUUGCUUGCAAACAUUUGGUGCAAAGAGGGGGAAAGGGGGGGGGAAAGCUGGGGAAAGAGAGACAAGAGAGCGCGGGGGCUGGGUGGCUUUUGCAUGCAAAAUGCCCCCCUGCAAGCCAUAAAGCAGCAGCAGAAGAAGAAUCCAGGAGAAGAAAGGGGCGAGAGGAAUCCAGGCGUUUCCUCCCCCCCCCUUCCUUCCUUCCCUCCCUCCCCCUUGGAUGGGCAGCCCGAGAGCGGGAGGAGGCGGUGGCGGCUGGAGCGGCGAGAAGGCCUUUUGCAAGGCGCCGGGAGGACCGGGCUCCGUUCCGGAUUGGUGCUGAGGCCCGGCAGGAUUGCCCCCCCCCUUGCCUCGCCGCCUCCCGGCGUUGGGGAGAAGUUGGAUUAUUUGGCGAGGAAGACGGGCGCCCUCCUCGUCUCACUCUUUUUUCCUGAGCUCAGCUGCUGUUUUGGGGUGUUGGUUUUUUUUUUGCAAAGCCUAACUUAAAAGGGGGAGAAAUCCCAUUGCAUUCUGGAUUUAUCCCUCUGGAUUAAUUCCUCCUCCGGGCGGUGGGGAUGAAGCGGCGGCGGCAGCAGCAACAUGGAUCCCCUCUGGAAGCGGCGGCCGGCCCUUUGCAAGCGCGCUUCGGGAUCCUGCGCGGAAAUUGCGCCUGAGGACGCCGACCAGGAAAGGAGCAAGUCUGCGCGCAAAGCUCUCAGCAUCCCUCCUUCGAAAGCGCACCGCUGCUCCUCGCUCCUCUCCUCCGGGAUCUGCCCACUUUCUGCUCCGUCGAAGGCCGACCUGCCUUGACAGCUGGAAUUUUCUUUUUUUUCUCCUCCACCCGCUUUUCUCUCUCGCUCCCUCUUUUUUCUGGCAACCUCCUGGAGCCUCAGAGAUCCAGAUUUGGGGAGCUGUUUGGUUUGCAAGCCCCGAUCUGCUUUAUCUAGCCUGCUCCGGGGCCACAUAAUUUUUUUCCUCUUCUUCCCAUUUCCUCCACGCCAGUUUUUUUUUGUUUCGUUUGCCUCUGGCGAAAAAAUAAAUAAAAUCGGGAUGUUCUUGCACGCCAGUUUCUCUGUUGCUCCGGAUUGCUCGCGAGGAGGCGUUUGUGGCCUAGCAGGCAGAUGAAAGGGCUUUGGCCCUGGUCAGUUUCCACUUUUGGUUUUUAAAAGGAUCCUGUUUUUUAUACAUAGAGAAAUAUUUAUACAAAGGAGAACGAAGCUUGCACAUUGUGUGUUUUUGGGUCCCUCCCCUUUAUUCCUCUUUUAAAAUAGUGGACGAAAGUUGGGAAAGGAGCAGCUCUGAUUUCUGGCCUCGUUCUCGCCCUCCUGUUUUCCUUUCUUCCCUGGGUAGACAACGCCAUGUCUGCUAAAGAUAAUCCCUGCAGGAAAUUUCAAGCUAACAUUUUUAACAAGAGCAAAUGCCAGAAUUGUUUUAAGCCUCGCGAGUCGCACUUGCUCAACGAUGAAGAUCUGAACCAGGCCAAGCCCAUUUAUGGUGGAUGGCUUUUGCUGGCGCCGGAAGGCACUGAUUUUGACAAUCCUGUGCACCGCUCUCGGAAAUGGCAGCGCCGGUUCUUCAUCCUCUACGAGCACGGCCUCCUGCGUUACGCCCUGGACGAGAUGCCAACCACCCUUCCCCAGGGCACCAUCAACAUGAACCAGUGUACGGAUGUCGUGGACGGGGAAAGCCGGACCGGGCAGAAGUUCUCCCUCUGCAUAUUGACGCCUGAGAAGGAGCACUUCAUCCGAGCAGAGAACAAGGAGAUCAUCAGCGGGUGGCUGGAGAUGCUGGUUGUCUACCCAAGGACGAACAAGCAGAACCAGAAAAAGAAGAGGAAAGUGGAGCCCCCGACUCCGCAGGAACCCGGCCCGGCAAAGAUGGCCGUCACCAGUAGCAACAUCCCUGGUGCAGAGAAGGUCCCGACCACAAAGUCCACCCUUUGGCAGGAAGAAAUGAGGAGCAAAGACCAGCCAGACGGCAACGGGGGACUCAGCCCAGCCCCAAGCCCUGUGCAAGGCCAGGGCCCCCCUGGAUGCUCCUUGAAGGAGCCGACGCUGGACAGCAAGGAAGACGACAGCAGCAUGCACGGCGACCGAAGCGACAGCGGGCGGAAAACUCGGGUGGAGAGCGGCUACUUCUCCUUGGAGAAGACGAAACAGGAUGGGAAGCCGGACGAGCAGCAGCUGCCGACCCCGCCAUCCCCUCCCAGCCCCAGCACCCCCAACAACAGGUACAGUGACUCCCAGUCGCCCUCCCCGGAGCAGAGCUGCCCCUUUCCUUCCCCAGGUGGCCCCCCAGGCAGCCGAAUGGUGUACAGCUUCUCCCUCAACUGCCUGGACUUGACGAGCGACUCCAUGUCCGGCUGCAAGGACUCGGCAGCGAGAGAUGGGGCGAGGGGAGCCGAGAGGCCGGGCCGCCCCCUUUCCUUUAGAGCAAGCCGGCAGUACGCCACCCUGGCCGAUGUCCCCAAGGCUGUCAGGAUUAGUAACCGGGAGGCUUUCCAAGCGGAGAGGAAGAGGCUGGAGCGGCGUUCCCGAGCUCGCAGCCCCGGAAGGGAAGAGGUGGCUCGGCUCUUUGGCAGCGAAAGGAGGCGGUCCCAGGUAAUUGAGAAAUUUGAGGCAUUAGAUAUUGAGAAUGCCGAGCACAUGGAGACCAACGCCCCCUCUGGAACUGCCCUCUCCAGUGAGACCCGGCAGGGCAGGAGCGAGAAGAGGGUUUUCCCCAGGAAACGGGACUUUGCUGCCGAAUCGGCAACCAGCCCCAUCCUGGACGUCUCGACUUCUCCCUUGUCCCCGCACCGCAGAGCCAAAUCGCUGGACAGAAGGUCGACUGAGUCCUCCAUGACGCCUGACCUGCUGAACUUCAAGAAGGGAUGGCUGACCAAGCAGUACGAGGAUGGACAGUGGAAGAAACACUGGUUUGUGCUGACAGAUCAGAGCCUGAGAUACUACCGGGAUUCUGUGGCAGAGGAGGCUGCUGAUUUGGAUGGGGAAAUUGAUUUGUCAACAUGUUUUGAUGUCACGGAAUACCCCGUCCAGCGGAACUAUGGCUUCCAAAUCCAUACUAAAGAAGGCGAGUUCACCCUCUCUGCCAUGACCUCGGGGAUCCGCAGGAACUGGAUCCAGACGAUUAUGAAGCAUGUUCGCCCCACCACUGCUCCAGAUGUGACCAGUUCUUUGCCCGAGGAGAAAAGCAAAACCAGCUCGUCCUUCGACGCCUGCCCCAAGCCGAGCGAGAAACAGGACGCCGAGCAAGCGGAAAUCGACCCUGAGCACAAGCGCAGCCGCGCCCGGGAGCGCCGGCGCGAAGGCCGCUCCAAAACCUUCGACUGGGCCGAGUUCCGCCCCAUCCAGCAAGCCCUGGCUCAGGAGAGAGCCAGCGUGGCGGACGCUUCCAAAGGCAGCGGCGCCCCUUUCGCCAAGGAGCCCGGCUCCACGGAUGCAGACCCCGGGGAGCUGGAGAGGGAGCGUGCGCGGCGGAGGGAGGAGAGGCGCAAGCGGUUUGAGAGCCUGGAUGCCCCUGACGGGGGAGGCCCAGAAGACUUUUCCCGCAUGGAGGUGGACAGGCUCCCGGGGCUGCCCAGCCCUUCGGAGACCAAGCCGCAGAACGUCCACGUGGAGAUCGAGCAGCGGUGGCACCAGGUGGAGACGACCCCUCUGCGCGAGGAGAAGCAGGUCCCCAUAGCCCCUCUACACCUCGCCCAUCCGGAUGAUAGCAGCGAGGCUCUCCACAAGCAGCACCUCACCACACUCCUGGAGAAGGAGCUGGAGCAGAGCCAGAAGGCAGCCUCUGAACUCCUGGAGCAGAACCGCGCUCUGCAGGACCAGCUGAAAGUAGCUUUGGGCCGGGAGCAGAGUGCCCGGGAAGGUUACGUCCUGCAGACCGAGGUGGCCACCCCCCCAUCGGGGGCCUGGCAGAGGCUCCAUAAAGUCAAUCGAGACCUCCAGAGUGAGCUCGAAGCCCAGUGUCAGCGGCAGGAACUGAUCAACCAGCAGAUCCAGUCACUUAAGCGUAGCUAUGGGGAGGCCAAGGAUGUGAUCCGGCACCACGAGGCAGAGAUCCAGAGCCUACAAGCGAGGCUCAGCAAUGCUGCCGCAGAGCUCUCCAUCAAAGAGCAGACUCUGGCAAAGCUGAAGAGCGACCUGAAGGCCGAGCGGAAGAAAGCUCAGGAGCAGAUGGAAGAGUGGCAGCACAGCGAGGAGGCGCUGAGCUCGCAGCUGAAAGCCAGCGAGCAGAAGCUCAAGAACGCGGAGGCACUCCUGCUGGAGAAGACCCAGGAGCUGAGAGAUCUGGAGACGCAGCAAGCUCUGCAGAGGGACUACCAGAAGGAAGUGCAGCGGCUCCAGGAUCGGAUCGCUGGCCUCAGCCAGCAGCUGAGUGCCAGUGAGCAGUCUCAGAUGCUGAUGGAGGAGAAGCUGCAGAGGAAUUAUGAGGCUUUGCUGGAGAGCUGCGAGAGGGAGAAGCAGGUCCUCAUCCAGAGCUUGAAGGAAGCGGAGGACAAAGCCAGCGAGUACGAGAACCAGCUUCAGAACAACGAGCAGCAGAUGGAGGUUCUGCAGAAGGAGAAGCUGUCCGUCAAAUUUGAAAGCAGCGAAAUUGUCCACCAGCUGGAAGAGCAGCUCGAAAUGAAAGAAGCCAGCAUCCAAAAGCUCGCCGAACACAUCAAGAGCCUUGAGGAGGAAAGCGAUCAGAUCAAAUGCCGGUUCCAAGAGCUGAUGAACCAGGUUGCUGAGUCUGAUAACGAGGUCGCCAAGCUGCAAGCCAAGCUGCAGCUGGAGGAGAGCAACUACCAUGCCCUGGAGCACUCCUACGAGGUGGUGUCAGGGCAGUUCCAGAACUUGCAGGCGGUGCUGAAGGAAAAGGAGGAGGAGCUAAGAGUGGUGAGGGAAGCCCACUCGAGAAUUGUGGAAAAUAAGGACCAGGAGCUUGCGGAACCUUUCUUAAAAAUAGCUGCCGUAAGUAGCAGUCCAGAAAACGUGGAAGAUCAGCAGACGCAAGACGAUGAGUUGAAAACAUCAACUGGUGAGAGCUUAGCACCAUGUGUUGCGACGGAAACAGGUGGUCAAGUUGUGGAGACAGCACAACAUUCACAGCUUCAAAGAAGACUUCCAGUCUCAGAGUGCAUGCUCACUGAGGAUCAGGGCCCCAAUAUCAGUCACAGGCAGAUCUGUGAGCACCCAGCAGUGAACCCAGAAGAGUGUAGGUCUACCUCUAAGUCUACAGACCUUCAAGAGAGAGAGAUUUGCCAGAAGGACUCUGCAAAAUCAGACACAGAAACCCCCGGAGCCAAAAGGCAAAGGAUACGUUUCUCCAACAUCCAGUGCCAAAAAUAUAUCCACCCUGAUGGAUCCGAGAAGAUGUGGACCAGCAGCACUUCAUCAGACACCAGCCAAGACAGGUCACUUUCGGAGGACAGUAUGUCAUCAGAACCAGCUCCGAGUUACCCAGGCACAGGUGAUUCGGAGACUUACCUGUCUAUCAUCCACGCCCUGGAAACCAAACUUUUCAUCACAGAAGAAAAGCUCAAAGAUGUGACCAUGAAACUCGAAAGCCAGCAGGGCCACAAUCAAGACACCCUCAUCACGCUUCACCACCAGUGGGCCAGCACAGAAGCACAGCUGAGGGAGCAGCUUCAGGAGAGCUUGGCUCAAGUCAGCAGGCUGGUCUCACAGCUGGAGGGCGAGAAGCAAGAAAAACACAAGCUGCUUGAGAAUCACAUCCAUGAGCUGGGAAGGUUCCAUGGGAGAAACAACCAAGCCUUGGUGUGCUUAGAGCAAUGCAGAGAACAGCUAAGAACUUUGUCCAGAUGUGAGACGGAGCAAGAGAGAGAGGUGCUUUUGGGUGUCCUGUCCAAUACGGAAACUUCUUUAUCGGAUGCAGUCCUCGUGUUGCAACAGGCACUUUCUUCGCCUGGUCAUCUGGCAGAAGAAUUGUCUGCAGCCCAAGCAUUGCAUGCAGAAGGCAGCAGCUUGGGGGAGGAGGAGAAAGCUGCCCUCCAGCAGCAACAAGUAGGGUUUUCUGAACAAGACCAGCUGCGGAUGCUUUCCAGGAGGGUGGCUUUUGAAGCCAGCUUGAUCAACCAGAUAGCAGAGUCUCUGACAGAUGCAACCUCCAAGAUUUCCUUAGCCCUGAGAGAGAUUCAUGGUACAGUGGAUGCAGUCUUGCUGGAGCCUUCAAAUAUUUCACAUAUUGCAGUGGCCUUGGCUGACGUCUUAUCUAAAAAGCUAGUGUUGGAAGAUGAGUUUUGGAGCCAGGUGGAGGAGCUAAGGAAGAAUUUGAGUGCCAAGGAAGAAGAGGGGAAGGGAAAGGGGGAGGCCCAGUGUUUAAACAUUCCUCAGUGCCUCAUUCAUUCAGUGGCAGACAGCACGCUGAUUAAAGCAGAGCUCAGUUUUGUUGCCCAGAAAAUGAGAGAGUCCUUUCAUCAGAGAUUAAAGGCCAUCGAAGAAGACCUCCACAACACCAGAACAGCCCUUCAGCAGCACAAGUGCAUGCUGGAGGAAAUCAUUAAAGCAUACCAGACUCCUGAAUUUGACAGCGUUAUGCAUCAGAUUUCCAAAGCCCUUGAAAUCCAAGAGGGCACUUCAGCUUGGGAUGCCAGCCUUCCUGGCUUCAUGCCAGAAGCCCACACUUUGCAGGAUCUUGGCAGUCAAGCUCUAGCUGCCAUUCAGGGCGAUCUUGCUCAGCAGCUCAAAGACAGAGCAAAUGUCCUGAAAGAAAUAUCUGCUGCUCUCCUGUCUCUGUCCCCUGACGAGGCCCUGAAAGACUGCCGCAAGCUGCUAAGGAUUUCUUCCAGUCCUCCCUACGAUAUGUGUCUGGGGGAUCUUGAGCGCUACUCGUCUCUGCUUGUUCAAGAUGCGAUUAUCCAGGCCCAGGUCUGUUACGGGGCUUACAGGGCAAGGCUGGAGUACGCCAAGGAGGCAAGGCUGUACAAAGAGUCCCUGCACAAUGUGGAUGCUCUGUGUCAGGAACGCAUCAGGGCAGUUGCCACCCUCCGGGAGGAAUACGAAGAGCUCCUCCGAAAGCAACAGGGCAAGUAUGCCGAGAUGAUUGCUGUGCUUGAAAGGGAGAAUUCGGAGCUCAAGGCCAAAGUGGAGCAGCUUGAUAAUCAGCGGAAACUCCUGGAAGAAGAAGAACAUAAGCAGAGCAAGAAAAUACUGGAGCUUCAGGACACGUAUGAAGAGGAGAUCCGGAACGUGGUUGAGCAGCUUCACAAGACCGAGGAUGCUCUGAAAUCAGAACAGACUGAAGGGCUGCAGCGACUAGAUUCUCUUGCGCGGGAUAAGCUGAACUUGGAGACUUUCCACCUUGAGCAGAUCCAAACUCUAGAGGACAAGUUUCAAGUCAAGAUGAAGGAACUGCAGGUCUUCCACAAUGAAGAGCUGCUGGCCUUGCAGAAGCGCUACGAGCAAGAGCUGCAGGGCUUGCAAGCAUCUCUGGAGCAGUACCAGAAUCAGCACUCAGAAGCACUGCCUGCUGUGGCAUUGGGUGCAGGAGAAGCAUGGGCUGCUGAUAAGCCCGACGGUGGGGUGCAGGGCUCAGAGAGCGAGCUGGACGCCAUGCACGGCUUGAGAGAGCGCAUUCAAGAGCUGGAAGCCCAAAUGAACAUCAUGAGAGAUGAGCUGGAGAACAAGCACCUCGAAGGCAAUGCGUCCACUCUGAGGGAGAAAUACCAGAAGGACUUUGAGAAUCUUAAGGCAACUUGCGAACGAGGGUUUGCAGCUAUGGAAGAGACCCAUCAGAAGAAGAUAGAGGACUUGCAGAGGCAGCACCAGCGAGAACUGGAGAAGCUAAGGGAGGAGAAAGACCGCUUGCUAGCUGAGGAGACGGCAGCCACCAUCUCAGCCAUAGAAGCCAUGAAGAACGCCCACCGGGAAGAGCUGGAGCGGGAGCUGGAGAAGACUCACCGCUCGCAGAUCAGCAGCAUCAACUCAGACAUCGAAGCACUCCAGAGGCAAUACUUGGAGGAGCUGCAGUCUGUCCAGCGUGAACUUGAAGUUCUCUCCGAGCAGUAUUCUCAGAAGUGUUUGGAAAAUGCUCACUUGGCCCAGGCCCUGGAAGCAGAGAGGCAGGCCCUCCGUCAGUGCCAGCGGGAGAACCAGGAGCUCAAUGCACACAACCAGGAGCUGAACAACCGCCUGGCUGCAGAGAUCACACGGUUACGGACCCUGGUGACUGGGGAGGGUGGGAUCGAGAUGGCUGGCUCACCUCUCACCCAAGGCAAGGAUGCCUACGAGUUGGAGGUCUUGCUGCGAGUCAAGGAAUCAGAAAUACAGUACUUGAAGCAGGAGAUCAGCUCCUUGAAGGAUGAACUGCAAACAGCAUUGAGGGACAAGAAAUAUGCCAGUGAUAAGUAUAAGGACAUUUACACGGAGCUCAGCAUUGUGAAGGCCAAGGCGGACUGCGACAUUAGCAGGUUGAAAGAGCAGCUCAAGGCGGCCACUGAAGCCCUUGGCGAGAAGUCCCCAGAGAACACCACUGUGUCUGGAUACGAUAUUAUGAAAUCCAAAAGCAACCCUGAUUUCUUGAAGAAAGACAGGACCAGCGUUGGCCGGCAACUGAGAAAUAUCAGGUCAAAGUCCGUUAUUGAGCAGGUCUCAUGGGAUAACUGAAAUGCACCAGAUUCCAGGUUCCCUGUCACAUAGAGUCUGAAGGAAGGCCUGACCGUGCAGGAGCGCCUCAAGCUCUUUGAAUCCAAGGACUUGAAGAAAGACUAGUUCUCUCCUUCCUAUUUGGCUUGACCACGCACACCUCCCUGCUUGCGGCAUCACAGCACAAGCACCCUUCUGUUUUUUGUUCUCUAGGAUCCUCACUGCUGUUGCUUGUGUGUGGGGUUUUUUCUGUUGUUGUAUGGAUGCUCCAGAAGACUGGAAAAUGCUGGGAGUUCUUCUGCCCACCAUCAAAUGAACUUCCCAACUUCUUAGUCCUAACUUACAAAGCUUUUAACCUUGGCAAGAGGGCUGGGAGAAAUUGGGGAUAUGCUCCCCACCCCCCUUGGCUCUCUACAAAAACAUCCUUCCUACUGUAUAUCCAUUACACUAAGUGUCAGUAUUAAGGCUCAACAGCCUGUUGAUAAGCUAGCUCUGUUUUACCAAAUUCUUUGGUGUAGUGACAGGGCCCUGGGAUGGGGGGAGGGAGGCAACACACUGUGCUUAGCUCUGCCACUGUUGAGAGGAAUCCAGCACUUAAGUGCAUGCUUUGGAUCAAAUUUUGAACCACUGAAACAAGACAUGCAGAUCUGUUUUUGGCAUAAUCAGUGCCCUUAGUGAAAGCUUGUUUGUUGCAACAAGAUAAUUGGCUUAGAAAAAGACAUUUGUGGCAGUCCUGAUUUGUAGCUUGGUGUUUAACUAUGUGGUCAGUUUGGAAUUUAUUCCCUUAAUGCCACUUAGAUCUUCUUGAAAAGCUUUUAAGUUGCUUUGCAUACAAACAGUUGCAGGCAUUGAUGUGCAAUCAGCUUGUGAUGAAAUUAA